AUGCUUGAUACAUGCGCCUUCUCAAGCCCUAUUAUUCCAAUCAAUAAUUUUGCCGUUGGUGCUUUAUUGACCAGCACUGGUCACUGUAGAAUUGCAAUGUUGUUGGUUUCUAUUACCACUAUGGUAAUGGAACUCCACUCUAGAGAUCAAAGUGGUGAUGAUAAUUUCCUUUUGAUUUCAACUCGUGUAUGUGCUGAUGAAAAACGUUACCUUUAUCCUGGUUGUACCGAUGCCAUGUUGGUGGUCCGUCGAGGUCAAGUCAAACCAUUUAUACCAUUUUAA